UCCACAGCCAUGGACUGUGACACAGCCCUUAAAUACUAAAAUGCCUUGAAGCCUAUUUCUCCCUGCGUGUUCAGUCCUGCUGAAACCAUGGUUUUUUCUGCGAUGCUGAGGUCGGCUCCUUCGGGGACGUUAAAUGCGACUUUCAUUGUCUACGAAAAUGCCUACGUAAAUAUCACCACUCCUUUUUUCCUGGUUCGUAGUGGCACGACCCAGCCACUGAAAUACCUUCUGGGUGCCAUGGUUACCACUGAGGUAACUACGUUGACAGUCGAUGGUACAGCUGCCCCGACAGUACAACAGCCAGACUUCAAGAGCUUGAGCCUGCCUCUUCAGAUCAUUCUCUCUGCUACCAUGAUAUUUAUACUUUUGCUUUCUUUCCUCGGCAACUUUGUCGUCUGCCUCAUGGUCUAUCAGAAAACUGCAAUGCGAUCUGCUAUUAACAUUCUUCUGGCAAGCUUAGCUUGCGCAGACAUGCUGCUUGCUGUGCUGAACAUGCCUUUUGCUCUGAUAACCAUCAUCACCACUCAAUGGAUGUUUGGGGACAUUUUCUGCAGAGUCUCUGCCAUGUUUUUCUGGCUCUUCGUCAUAGAAGGAGUAGCCAUUCUGCUCAUUAUUAGCAUUGACAGGUUCCUUAUAAUAGUUCAGAGGCAGGAUAAGCUGAAUCCGUACCGUGCAAAGAUCCUCAUUGCUGUCUCAUGGGCGACAGCCUUUGUAGUGGCGUUCCCACUGUCUGUGGGAAACCCCAGCCUACAGAUACCUUCGAAGGCUCCUCAGUGUGUUUUUGGCUACACCACAAACCCCGGCUAUCGUGCCUAUGUGAUAUUAGUAGUACUGAUUUCCUUUUUCAUUCCUUUCUUGGUGAUGUUGUAUUCUUUUAUGGGCAUCCUCAACACUUUACGGCACAAUGCGGUUCGUAUCCACAGCCACCCGGAUAGCAUAUGCCUCAGUCAAGCCAGCAAACUCGGCCUCAUGAGUCUCCAGAGACCCUUUCAGAUGAACAUCGAUAUGAGCUUUAAAACUCGUGCCUUCACAACCAUAUUGAUUUUGUUUGUUGUCUUCAUAAUCUGCUGGGCACCCUUCACCACCUAUAGCCUUAUUGCCACAUUCAACAGCCACUUUUAUCACAAGCACAACUUUUUUGAGAUAAGCACUUGGCUCCUUUGGCUCUGCUACCUCAAGUCUGCCCUGAAUCCACUGAUUUACUACUGGAGGAUUAAAAAAUUCCACGACGCAUGCUUGGAUUUGAUGCCCAAGUACUUUAAAUAUUUGCCACAGCUACCUGGUCACACCAGAAGACGCAUACGGCCAAGUGCCAUCUAUGUGUGUGGGGAGCACCGGUCUGUAGUGUAGAACUUGCAGCAAUUAGACACUGUUGUUUUCUGAUGUAUGCUUAUUUUUUGUUU